CACUCUUUUUUUAGAGUGUCCUGUGUAUCUAAUAAUAUGGCUGAUGAGUGCAAUAACCUCAUUAACCAUUAUUCAGACAAAGGAUACUUGUGACGUGAAGAGAACAGGGGGAAACUAGUAUUACGGUCAGUUGAUACAACGAAUAAAAACAGACUGGAGGUGUUUCUCCUGUUCAGCCCGGUGUGUGUCAUAUCCCUGCUGCUCUCAUCGCUUUCUCCUGAUUCGGUCUGGGCCAGUUCGCUGUUCUUCGUGUGGCGGUACAACGCCGGUACAACGCCGAGCCCAGCUGCCUCGGAGGCGGCUUGAACUGAAACACCACCUGCAGACAGUGGACUCGACGUGCGAAAGUGUUCCGCAAAGCCCAACAGUGCCAAGUACCAGGGCUCCGGUUGUUCUGUGCGCGCUGCCAUCUUUACCUGUCCGAAGACAAAUCAUCGGCAACACAAAAACAACAUUUCCACCAAGCCUGGUCCAAGAAGAGCCCGCUGAUCUGGUUUCUGCUUCAGUCAUUUGCAUGCAUUGAAGUGCCAGUACCAGGUUCGCCAGAAAAAGAUGAACUUCCGGUUAUCAUUUUCAUGAUAAGACUGGUUAUUGUGACAGCGACUACAACAAAAAUAUUUACAGCUAAUCCUUAUUAAUAAUACAUAAAAUAAAAUAUGGAUCAAAUGUAUUUCAUUUGAAGUUGGAAAAUUUGGAUCGUAUCAUUCAUUAUCACUUUAUAUUACAAUCGCAACGCGGUUGCUGUUUUCUUUACAUUUUAAAGUAAAGUACAUGCCUCGUUUUAUCCGUUUUAUCGAAUAUCGAUUGUAUGUGGAACUUAUUAUGAGCUUAUGUUGCAAUCGAACUCGUCUACCAGUCGGACCUUUUGUGGAUUUUUCUAUUCACUAAAUGCUUCCGCACUUUGUCCGGUGCUUGAACAAGUGGUGGAACCAGGCUGCUACGUUAUUUGCGUAAAUCGACAUUGGUGGUUCAUUCAUUUGCGGCACUGUCACAGGGCGGUGGUACAAGCUUGAUCACACCAGGCGGAAAGUAUCAGAGGCAAAAUGUCGACACGACGGAUCACACAAGAAACGUUUGAUGCUGCUGUGAGGGAAAACAUGGAGGAGUUUGAGAUGGAACCCGAUGAAGCUUUGCGGGAAGCUGUGGAGCAGUUUGAGUCUCAAGAUGUGGACCUCAGUUGUAUAGUAAAAGCUGUACCAGUUGCGUCAUCUGAUGAUAAUCAAGAGGAGCAAACGCAUGAGAUAUUACAGGCUUUGGAUUCCCUCAGAAUUGGAAGAGACUCUGAUACUAUUACAGAAGUGAUAGCAGACAUUAAAUGCUUCACUGAGCAGUGCUCACUUGGAUUUGCCCAGAGGUACCUGGCUGCUCAAAAAGAUGCUUACCCCAUCAUCCUCUCUUACUGCAAAAGAAGUGUGGAGGAGAAGGAGACUGUGUUGGCUGCUCUGUCUGCUUUAGCUGCACUGACGGAUGGACAGCCGGACUUGUUGGAUGCAGAGGGCCAGCAGUUCCUCUUGGAUGUCCUCAAGAAGUACAGGGAAGAUUUGUCAGUGACAAGUGUAGCGAUCAUGACUGUGCGCCGUUGCUGUUUGAAACAUGAACAAAACAGGCAGGAUUUGGUCAAAGCUGGAGUCCUGCCCCUACUGACCACUGCUGCCACGCGACAUAGCGACUCUGCAGAGUUGGUGAAGGAAGUGUCUGCAGCUCUCAGGGUCAUGACCUUUGAUGAUGAUGUGCGAGUUACAUUUGGGCAAGCUCAUGAACAUGCCAAGAUGAUUGUUCUUGAGCAUAAUGGACUGAAGGUCUUAAUUGACGCUGCAAAAGCUCAUCUUGAUAAUUCAUCUGUCCUGAGUGAGCUCUGUGCAACUUUGGCCCGCCUGGCUGUCAGGAAUGAGUUCUGCCAAGACAUCUGUGAUCUGGGAGGGUUAAGACUCAUGAUGACGUUGCUUGCGGACUGCUAUGAGAUAGCGGAGUUGGUUCGACAGGUCCUAAAUGCAAUAAGAGCUGUUGCAGGAAAUGAUGAUGUGAAAGAUGCUGUUGUUAAUGCUGGUGGAGUCCAGCUGAUUGUUAUUGCUAUGAACAGGCACACAAGCAACUCUGCUGUGUGUGAGCAGGGCUGUGCUUGUCUUUCUGUCCUUGCGUUGCGCAAACCAAACCACUGCAAAGUCAUCAUGGAGAAUGGAGGUGCCCUGGCUGCAGUGCAAGCUAUGAAAGUACACACUGGUGUGGUUAAUGUGCAGAAACAGGCAUGUAUGCUGUUGAGAAACCUCGUUUCACGUACCCGCGAAUACAGCCAACUGAUCCUGGAGAUGGGAGCAGAGGCCCUGAUAACUCAGGCACACAACACCCACCGAGACAGUGAUGAUGUGUUCAAAGCAGCCCUUAGAGAUUUGGGAUGCCAGGUGGAGCUUCGAGAGCUGUGGACAGGCAAAUCUGGCAACCUCACCAGAGACUAGUGAGCUGUGCAAACAAAUGUAAUUUUCAGUUUUGUAUCAUGUCUUCAUUGGUUACUAAAUGUGAGUUUUGUGCCAUAGAUAAUUAUACAUUUAUUUGCUGCUCAUUUCCAUGUUGGCAGAACCAACUUUUAACAUCUAUUAAAUGCCUUAUAAUGUUUAUUUAUAUUUAACAUUCCUACUUUUGUUUUCCCAUUUUUUUUAAGCAUUGUCCAUGUGUAAAACUGAAAUUUAGACCUAUCACAACAGUAUAUUCAACUUGAACAUGACAAAACUGUCUUUGGGUUGAUACUUCUAGUGUACUUCAUUUUAUGUCCUCUACAUCAGUGGUUCCCAACCUUUUUUCCUUGAAGCCCCCCUUGCUCGUGUCCAGGACAAACCAGGCCCCCCGACCCAAACCCUUGUCAAGGGCACGCACACAAAAAGGAAUAAAGUAAAAAGUGCAUAUGCAAAAUUAAACAGCAGUUGUAGGUUUAUCUUCCUAUUCUCACAGUGUGUAUAGAUAAAAAACUGUCCUGUGUUUCCAUUAAAUCAAAACCAUGGUA